AUGUCACUGCCAGCCAGUCCUUCCAAUCUCGCAUCACCGUGGCAGGAUCGACUCUUAGACCAUUGCAGACGCACUAAACUAGCAGCCCCUAUCUUCAAUAUUGUCUCCGAUCGGCGAGGAGGUCGAACCGCCUGGUCUAGUACCGUCCUCGUCCAAGGCCGAACAGUCGCCGCUCGCUACUGGUAUGAUGGCCAAUACAUCAACAAUGCUAAAGAGGAUGCCGCCGAGGUCGCCCUCGGACAGCUGCAGAAUCAAACUCGUGUGCCCACCGUUUACCCAGGUCAGGUCUGGCGACAGGACCUCGGUAAUAGCAACGGGGCUUGA